CUGUAUCCAUCGGUUGGCAGCCACUAGAAUAUAGUCUGCCGUGGAUCGUCGGACCGUUCAGUCUUUUUGUGUCGUUCAGUACCAUCCGAUUCGUGUGAUCGACAGCAUCGCUCAAUUUUUUUUCUUUUUUUUCUAAUUCCUUGAAGUAACUAAAAACACAAAUCAAAAUGGCUGAUGAUGAGAAAAAGGCAGCAGCAGCGGCGCCAGCUCCAGCUCCAGCUGCAGCUGCAGCUGCACCAGCUGCCAAUGGUAAAGCUGCAGCGGCUCCAGCUGCUAAUGGCAAAGCGGCAGCGGCGCCGGCGGCCAAUGGCAAAGCGGCGGCAGCAGCGCCCGCCGGGCCCCCCAAGGAUCCCAACGAUCCGAAAGUGAAGGCCGAGGAGGCUAAGAAGGCUAAACAGGCUGAGAUCGAGCGCAAGCGUGCUGAGGUGCGCAAGCGUAUGGAGGAAGCCUCCAAGGCCAAGAAGGCCAAGAAGGGUUUCAUGACCCCAGAAAGGAAGAAGAAACUCCGGUUGUUGCUGCGCAAGAAAGCCGCUGAGGAAUUGAAGAAAGAACAGGAACGCAAAGCGGCUGAACGUAGACGCAUCAUUGAAGAACGUUGCGGCAGCCCAAGGAAUCUCAGUGAUGCCAGCGAAGGCGAAUUGCAAGAGAUUUGCGAAGAGUAUUACGAGCGUAUGUAUAUUUGUGAAGGCCAGAAAUGGGAUCUGGAAUACGAAGUCAGGAAAAAAGACUGGGAGAUCAACGAUCUCAAUGCCCAAGUUAACGAUCUUCGUGGCAAAUUCGUUAAGCCAGCCUUGAAGAAGGUCUCCAAAUACGAAAACAAAUUCGCCAAGCUGCAGAAGAAGGCUGCUGAAUUCAACUUCCGCAACCAACUUAAGGUGGUCAAGAAGAAGGAGUUCACAUUGGAGGAGGAAGAGAAGGAGAAAAAGAUAAAAGAUGCCGCUACUCUAAAAACAGCCAAAAAGUAAGAAACCCGACUGGUCCAAGGGCAAGCCCGGCGAUGCCAAGGUAAAGGAGGAGGUUGAGGCCGAAGCUUAAGUGUCUACGUCCAGUAGUGUCCACUGAACCCGUGACUCCCGCCCUAAACAAAAUAAUAAUUCAACAAAAAAUAUUCACAACAAUAUUAUCUGAAGCAAAAUACUAUCAAUCAAUAUACGUGUAUAUAUUCUCACUAUAUAUAUAUCUAUAUAUGUUAUAACUAUGUACAACGCAGAUAUAUGGCAUACAUAUCUUUAUAUAUCUAUAUAUUUGGGUGUGUACAUAUGAAAUAAACAACCGCUACAGCUUAAUCAGAAAACAUUACAAAAAAAAAACACCAGCUACAAAUAAUUCAAGUCAAGGAUUCAAACAACAUUCAAACAUCUGAACGAUUUGAUGAAUUAUUUUUUAUUAUAUUUCAUUAAUUACAAAUUCUAUUUUUUAAUGUAAAUUAAACUAAAUUACAAAAAAAAGAA